AUGCGAUGCGCCGCCCUCCACCGCAAGCUGGGGACGCACAUCUCCAAGGUCAAAUCGCUGAGCAUGGACAAGUGGGACAAUGCGCAAGUAGACAACAUGAAGCGCAUUGGCAACUCCGAGUCCAACAAGACGUACAACCCGCGCAACACGAAGCCGCAGAUUCCCAUCGACAUCGACGAGGUGGACAGCGCCAUGGAGAGAUACAUACGGCAGAAAUACGAGCAAAGAGUGUAUAUGAACGACCCACGGCUGGGCACGCAGCAGAACACGGGCAGCACCAGCUCAGAGGACCGCCCACCACCAUUACCGCCGAAGCCCACGGGUCGCUUUGGAUUCGGACUGCGAAAGGCGGCGACGUCACCGCGCGAUCUGACGCCGCCUCUGUCUCCCGGCCUGGGUAAUUAUGGACAGGAUGCUUCUCCCCCGCACAUCAACAAACCUUCUCGCGUCUUUGGAUCGAACAUACAAACAUCGGGAGACGGGCUGGACUCAAAGCUGGCGACUUUACGAGACAUGGGCUUUCCUGAUGACAAACGCAAUUCGACCGUGUUGAAGGGUCUCAAUGGCAACUUGGACCGAACUGUGGAAGCCUUGAUCAGGCUGGGCGAGCAGAACCCGGUGAGGUCAAGAGGAAGCACGCCAACUCCACCAGCAAAGGCGAACAUGAACGGCCUGAGCUUCGACAGAAUCAACUCGGCGCCGGCUGCAAGCGCAUCUACCAACCCGUUCGAUGCUCUGGACGCGGUCCCAGCACCCCAGCCAUCGCAACCACAACCCUUGCAGCAGUCGUAUGACGGUUCUUUUGCACAGGCAACCUCGCCGCCUAAUUCCUACAACCCAUUUUUGAACCAGGCACAGCAGGGACAAUACCCGCAACAGCCAAACGCUCUCCAUCAACCGCAGCCAACGCAGAACUAUCAGCAGAAUCCGUAUGCGCAGCAGCAGCAGCAGCAGCAGCAGCAACAACGGCAGCAGAGUCUUGACCAAUCUAUGCAAAACAUGCAGAUAUCUAAUCAGCCUCAACAGCCGCUCUUCCCCAACCGCACAGGAGGUUACGGACCGACCUCGCCACCAUUUGCUCAGACAAACCCGUUCCAGCAGUCGUUCACGCCCCCGCCAAUGCCCCAGAUACCCGAGCAUCAGCAGCAGGGCUCGUUCCAGCAGCAGCAAAACCCACAGCAACCCAGCUAUCAACAGCAACAACAAAUACCCCAACAGCAGCAGCAAAACUACCAGCAGUCUGGGUUUCAGCAGCAAAACUUCCCACAGCCCAACUAUUCGGCGUUCCAUCAAAAUGGCAACCAACAGAACGGCAACCAGCAGAAUGGCAACCCCUUCGACAAGAACUCUAUUCUUUCGCUGUACAACUACCCCCAGCUCGCUCCUCAGCAGUCGGAGCAAUCCCAGGUCCCCUCGGCUGCUCCGUCAGCUCCGACGCCGGCAGCUCCCCCAGCUGGCAACAUGAAUCCCUUCGCCAGCGGUCCAGCUGCCCAGCAAGGGCAACCGCUCUCUGCUGCCCAGACACCUGGAGCUCGACACGUCAGUAACGACAGCGUUGAUUUCUCCGGUCUCAUGGGUGGACGACACUCUCCAGAUGCCUUCUCUGGCCUGAGUGCGAGCUUCAGGCGCUAA